CUCUUUUUUUCAAUUCAACUGUUCAAUGUUCACCUGGCAGGUGAUAACGUCGAAUAAAUACAGACCACACCUCGCUGUUAUUCAGGAGGAAGGGAAAUUAUUCCCAUAUCGUAUGCUUAUAUCGCAUUACUGAAAUAAUUUUCCACCCUCAUUUUCAAUUUUCCUCCUCCUGUUAAGUCAUGAUCAAGUCAACUUCCCAAGGGACAGUACUACGGCCUGCAUUGAUUUGCAGCUUUGUGGUGGUGUGCCCCUUAGUUUUAUUUUUUACAUACUACAAACCCAACAUCAACUCACUGUUGUGCGACGACAGAGAACCAAAUGAGAAAGCUAUCUGUGUCUGCCAAGAUGGGCUAAAUCGAGAGGGGAAUCAGACUGAGGUCCCAGACCAAACCACAUCACAACCCCAGAAGACAGGCAAGCAGAACUCCCAAGUCAUCCUCAGACCUGACAAUCCAGAACCGAACACUAUUCUCCUGAUCUGGAUGUGGCCAUUUGGACAAUCUUUUGACCUUCAUUCAUGUGCUGAUUUCAAUGUUCAAGGUUGUCACUUGACAGACAACAAGAGCCUUUAUAAGAAUGCACAUGGAGUCCUCUUUCAUCACCGGGAUAUCCAUGAAGAUCUGGGAAACAUGCCACAAAAUCCACGUCCCUGGUUCCAGAAAUGGGUGUGGUUCAAUGCUGAAUCACCUGCCAACUCCAAAAGAUGGCCCAAAUUGGAUAAUCUGUUUAAUUUGACUUCAAAUUAUCGACAGGAUUCUUCUGUACCUGUUCCUUAUGGAUCCUUAGUCGAGGUAACAGCUGUGGACAAACAGUUUGAGCUGCCAACAAAGAAUACAUUGGUGUGCUGGAUUGUGAGCAACUGGCACCCAUCCUUCAGAAGAGUUCAGGUCUACAAUGAGCUGAGUAAGCAUGUCAAAGUAAAGGCCUAUGGACGACACUUUGGUACAUACGUAAACAACGAAGUCUAUACAAAAACCAUUUCUGGAUGCAAAUUUUACUUGUCCUUUGAAAAUUCGUUCUUCAAAGACUACAUCACUGAGAAGUUGUACAAUGCCAUGAGUUUGGGAGCUGUCCCAGUAGUUUUGGGCCCAUCCAGGCAAAACUAUGAGGAAUUCAUUCCAGCAGACUCUUUUCUUCAUGUGGAUGACUUCCCCAAUCAAAAGGAACUGGCAGAUCGGCUGCUUUUCCUUGACAAGAAUGAUGAAGAGUACAUGAAGUACCACAGCUGGAGGAAAAACUAUAAAGUUAAGGGAUGGUAUUUUGGACUAGAACAUGCAUGUCGAUCAUGUGACUACAUUAGACGGGAGAAAAGAUACACAGCUAUUAACAAUCUAAAUCAAUGGUAUUGGGGCUGACCAGGCUGUUUGUAGUAAUCAAAAUGUUUAAUACAUGUGCUAUAUUGCCAAAUAUAAGCACUUAUUCAGCACAUUUCGUGAAAUCAGUGCUUGAAAAAGGGGGGGAAAUCUAAAUUAACUUAAAUCAUCACUUUAUGCAUUGCUUUAGACUAAAGACAGCUGAAAGUGACAAGAAACUGAAUCGUGCCAUCUGAAGCUGUGUUAAUCUAUAAUUUAUUAUGUAUUUUUUUCAACAAAAUGUUUUGGUUUUAUGGUCAACCCUGUUAGACAUAUGAAUUCACAGGAUGUAUUUGUAAUUAGAAAUAUGUGGUAGAUUACAUAUACAUGAAGAUAUAGCACUACGGUCCCUCUCGACAUUAUUUUCACCUGUGGUUUUUUCUUUGAUAUUUUGUAUAAAGAUUAUGCCAGAACACUCAACUUUUAGAUGGCAAUGCCCUUCCAUGUGCUGUUCAACAUGAUCAGUAUGUGCCGAUUGUUUUUCUAUUAAUUAUUCUCAUAAUUUCAGUGUACAUUUACACUGUAAAUAAAAGUAGGCCUACAUGAGGAAAGAAAAAAGCGCAGCUAGUUCUGGCAGGGCAAUCGG